AUGGCUCGCAAGUUCUUCGUCGGCGGCAACUUCAAGAUGAACGGGUCCCUCUCGUCCAUCAAGGAGAUUGUCCAGAACCUAAACAACGCCAACCUCGACCCCAACACUGAGGUCGUCGUCUCUCCUCCCGCCAUCUACCUCCAGCUUGUCCGCGACCUUCUCCGCAAGGAUGUCGAGGUUGCUGCCCAGAACGUCUUCGACAAGCCCAACGGUGCCUUCACCGGCGAGAUCAGCGUCUCUCAGCUGAAGGACCUCAACAUCAACUGGGCCAUCCUUGGCCACUCGGAGCGCCGCACCAUCCUCCGCGAGUCCGACGAGGUCGUUGCCUCCAAGACCAAGUACGCCACCGAGAACGGCGUUGGCGCCAUCUGGUGCUGCGGCGAGAGCCUCGAGGAGCGUGAGGCCGGCACCACCGUUGACGUCGUCAGCAAGCAGCUGGCUGCUCUCAAGGCCGCCAUCUCCGACUGGUCCAAGGUCGUCAUCGCCUACGAGCCCAUCUGGGCCAUCGGCACCGGCAAGGUCGCCACCAACGAGCAGGCCCAGGAGGUUCACGCCGCCAUCCGCGCCUGGCUCAAGAAGGAGGUCAGCGACAAGGUUGCCGAGGAGACCCGCAUCUUGUACGGCGGCAGUGUCAACGAGAAGAACUGCAAGGACCUUGCCAAGGAGAAGGACAUCGACGGCUUCCUGGUCGGCGGUGCCUCCCUGAAGCCCGGCUUCGUCGACAUCGUCAACGCCAAGCAGUAA